AAUGGGUCAAGAUUCAAUCAGAAGACUAUUUGAUGAAUACGAAGUUCUAUCCGAACUAGGAAGAGGAGGUUUCUCAAUAGUAAGAAGAGGCAAAAGAAAAUCCGGCAACGGCGAAGACGUAGCAAUCAAGACUCUCCGACGAUCUAGUCCAUUACCCACGGCGGCGCGUAGGCGCGUGACGGUGGCGGACGCGCUUUUGACUAAUGAAAUAUUGGUUAUGAGAAAGAUAGUUGAAGAUGUUUGUCCACAUGAUAAUGUUAUUCAACUUUAUGAUGUUUGUGAAGAUGUUGGUGGUGUUCAUUUGAUACUUGAACUUUGCUCCGGCGGUGAACUUUUUGAUCGGAUUGUUAAGGCGCAAAGUACUUAUUCGGAAGUUGGAGCUGCUGCUGUUGUACGGCAAAUUGCGAGUGGACUUUACGCGCUGCAUCGUGCGGGUAUUGUACAUAGGGAUUUGAAGCCGGAAAAUUGCUUAUUCCUUAACAAGAGUGAAGAUUCUCCAUUGAAGAUAAUGGAUUUCGGAUUGAGUUGGGUGGAGGACUAUACUGAUCCAGUUGUGGGUCUAUUUGGAUCCAUAGAUUAUGUAUCACCAGAGGCUCUAUCUCUUUCAUUACAGCACAAAGGAAGUGGUGGUGAAAUUUCAGGGUACCAUCAAACUGGGAUAUCUUCUAAGAGUGAUAUGUGGUCUCUAGGAGUAAUCUUGUACAUCCUUCUUUCCGGGCAUCCACCUUUCAUUGCUCAAUCUCUUACACAAAAGCAACAAAUGAUCAUGGCUGGAGAGUUUAUGUUCUAUGAGAGGUCAUGGAAGAACAUUAGUCCAUCAGCAAAGCAACUCAUUUCCAGUCUCCUAACAGUUGAUCCAAACAAACGCCCCACUGCUCAAGAGAUUCUACAACAUCCUUGGGUUAGAGGACAAUUGGCAAAGCAAGAGAGGAUGGAUGCAGAGAUAGUGUCGCGGCUUCAGAGUUUCAAUGCACGUCGCAAAUUCAGAGCCGCUGCCAUAGCAAGUGUGUGGAGCAGCAGCAUGUUCUUGCGCACUAAGAAGCUCAGGAGCCUAGUUGGCCAUGAUUACGAUCUUACUCCGGAAGAACUCGAGAGCCUCAACCUACACUUCAAGAAAAUAUGUACAAAGGAAGGAGAAGACAAGAACAAUGGCGCAACCCUAACUCAAUUUGAGGAGGUACUAAAAGCAAUGGAGAUGACAUCUCUUUCUCCAUUAGCCGGAAGAAUAUUCGAUCUAUUUGACAAUAACAGAGACGGAACCGUCGAUAUGAGAGAAAUCCUCUGUGGAUUUUCCAAUCUAAAAAACUCUCAAGGAGAUGACGCUCUCCGCCUCUGUUUCCAGAUGUACGAUACAGAUAGAUCAGGUUGUAUUAGCAAAGAAGAAGUAGCAUCAAUGCUUCGAGCGUUGCCGGAGGAAUGUUUACCGAUUGAUAUAACUGAACCGGGGAAACUAGACGAAAUCUUUGAUAUGAUGGAUGCGAAUAACGAUGGAAAAGUUACUUUUGAUGAAUUUAAAGCUGCUGUUCAAGUUGAUAGAUCUCUUCAAGAUGCGGUUCUUUCAUCUCUUCGUCCUUCUCAAUCUUUUAAACUCUCGUAAGAUUUCUCAAUUUCAGAUCUGUUUAAAUGUUCAAUUCAGAAUGAUCUAUGAUUAUUUGA